AUGAGAGAUCAAGCCCCACCAACACUCCAGCAGCUAGCGUUCGAGAGCCUACUGAAGAAGGAGGCCUUGGCCAUUUCUGGUCUAGCAGACUGGCCCUGGUUCCUGUUCCCAGCAGCAUUUGAGAGGGCCUUCAGGAACAAUCAGACCAACAUCCUGCGGGCCAUGGUGCCUGCAUGGCCAUUCACAUGCCUUCCUGUAGGAAUCCUGAUGAAGACCCCACACCUGGAGACUUUGAAAGCUCUGCUUGAUGGGCUAGAUGUGCUGAUUACAGAGGAGCCUUGCCCCCGCCGCGGGAAAAUCAGAGUGCUGGAUUUGACAAAUAGGGAUUCCUGGCACAAUCAGAGUCAAUCCUGUGAAAGGGAACUCUUUCUUCAGUUCACGAGAGAGAAGACAGUGGAGACGUGUCCUUACUCGCGAGUAGAGAAAUAUUUAAAUGUCAUAACUGACCUAAACAUCAUGGAGACCAUAGACUUCUUAAAGUCUGUAGAUCUCCACUGUGUAAGGGAGCUGCAGUUGAGAUGUAUAUGGAUAGAAGACAUGGGUCCUUUUGGACCGUACCUGACACAGAUGAGAAAUCUUCACACCCUCCGUUUGGCAUACAUUCAGAAGGAUUCAAGCAUCAGUGGAUCUGAAGAGCUGGAAGAGGAAUGCGUGAACAAAUUGGUAUCACAAUUACCCAAAUUCCACUGUCUCCAGCAUCUCUAUAUCAACUAUUCUCCUGCUCUAGUUGGCAGCCUGGCUGAUUGUCUCAGGUGCCUGAAGACGCCCUUGGAGACCCUGUCCAUCACUCACUGUUACAUCAUACAGAGAGACUUGGAUUACCUGCCCCAGUGCCUGAACCUUUCUUUGCUUAAACAUCUCUACUUGUCUUACACAAUGUUGGACAGGUGUAUUAAGCCACUUGUCUAUCUCCUUGAGAGCGUGAAAGACACCUUGGAAACUCUUGACCUGGCCGGUUGUCGGCUGGAGGAUUCUCAAUUUAGUGCUUUGAUGCCUGCCCUGAGUCAAUGCUCCCAGCUCCUCAAGAUUGAUUUGUACAUGAAUGAGCUGUCUCUACCCAUCCUCAAGCAACUGCUUCACCACACAGCCAAGCUGAACAAGCUAACCGAAGAGACAUACCCUGUCCCUCUGGAGUACUAUGAUGGAUGCCGUGUGCUUGUACGCAGAUUUGAUGAACUUGGUCCUGAGCUUCUGGAUAUACUCAGGUCUGAAAGACAGCUCAAGGCAGUCUGUUUUUUUGCAGCCACCUGCCCUACCUGUUAUGUGCGUUAUGCCUAUGACCUGAAGGGCAGCUGUUGCUUGGGAAAUACUGUGGCGGCACGUUGCCCAGUGAUGCCGAGGGAAUACUCUUAUGAGGUAUGGUUGAAAAAGUUUGGAUUAUUGAACCUUUAG